AUGGGCCCCAUAGACGACAUUCCAGAGGGCGUCGACCCGACGCUCUGGACCUACAAUCACAUCAACGAAGAGCAUCUCGCUGCGUUCGAGCAUGCACUGUCGCUCCAGGACACCGCACCGACCGAGGGCGACGCUUCACCCGCGAUACUAAAGUCGCCACCACUGACUCCCCACGACGCACCGGAAUGGUCCCAAGGGGUGGAGAAGCUGACGGCGACGUCGGACUUUGCGCCGAUCCAUUCGCGCGUGCGGAAGCGCCGAUCAGUCGGGCAACAGAGCCUCGGGCUCACAUACCACCUCAUCCGAUGGCCUCUUCUCAUGUUCUUUUUCCUCAUCAUCUGGCUCGAGUUCAGCGCCUACGUUCUCACCCGCCAAGUGGUGAAUGUGUUCGAGUGGCUGUUCGCGUGGCGCGGCAUCAAGCGCGUGCUCAAACGGCAGCUGCGCAAAUCUAAAUCGUAUGAGGAGUGGCGCAAGACGGCCAAGGAGCUCGACGACAACCUUGGCUUCGACGACUGGAAGGAGACAGACAAUGACGGGUACUUUGACGCGAGCCUUGUCCGGCGUGUCCGUGCGACGCUCUACAAACUCCGCGUCGCCAAGGACACAAGGGCCCUCAUGGACGCGUUAAGUAUCUGUGUCCGUCCGAACUUUGCCGGUACCGAGAGCGCACGGAUGUACUCGGAGACGUUCUACGGCACCAAGACGCUCGUUGAGGCGCACGUCAAGGAAGUGGCUGCCGGCCUCGACUUUGUCCGCACCUCGUCCAGCGUGACGCUUGAGGAGAAGCGCGCAUUCUUCCGCCGCCUCAACAAGAAUUACGGGACCUCAGCACUGUGCCUGAGUGGCGGCGCGUCGUUCGGGUACUACCACUUUGGCGUAGCGCGCGCCCUCCUCGACCACGGCCUGCUCCCGCGCAUCAUCACGGGAACGUCUGCUGGCGGCCUGAUCGCUGCCCUGGUGUGCACCUACACCGACUCGGAGCUCAAGCAGCUUAUUCGGCCCGAACUUGCGGACAAAAUCACCGCUCUCGAGGACCCGUUCUCCGUCUGGAUCCGCCGAUGGAUGCAGACGGGCGCCCGCUUCUCCGCCCUCGAGUGGGCGCGGAAGGCCAUGUACUUCACUCGCGGUUCUCUCACGUUCAAGGAGGCAUAUGAGCGCACUGGUCGUGCCCUCAACGUCUCAGUCGUGCCUGCUGACCGCCACUCGCCCACCAUCCUGCUCAACCAUCUCACAGCGCCAAAUUGCGUCAUCUGGUCCGCGAUUAUUGCCUCCGCUGCUGUACCAGGCAUCCUCAACCCCGUCGUGCUCAUGGCUAAGGACCGUGACGGCUCGGUGAGGCCGCACAACCUCGGCGGUUCGCGGUUCAAGGACGGGAGCCUGCGCGAGGAUAUCCCGCUUAGUUCCCUACACACACAGUUCAACUGCAACUUCUCAAUCGUCUCGCAGACAAAUCCCCACAUCCAUUUGUUCUUCUUCGCACCGCGUGGCGCCGUUGGGCGGCCUGUGGCGCACCGCAAGGGCCGCGGGUGGCGAGGCGGCUUCAUCCUCAGUGCGCUCGAGUCGUACAUCAAGCUUGAUCUCUCCAAACACUUCAAGGUCAUCCGCGACUUGGACCUUCUCCCGCAGCUCCUCCAGAGUGACUGGAGUGGUGUCUUCCUGCAGCGCUUUUUCGGCGACCUCAACCUCAUCCCCAAGAGCCGCCUCCUUGACUGGUUGCACAUCCUCGACGACCCGGACCGCAAGGGCCUGGAGCGCAUGAUUCUCGUCGGACAGCGUGCUACUUGGCCGACGGUCCACAUGGUGCACAACCGUGCCAAGAUCGAGAACGCGAUCUACCGCGGGCGCGCCGAGGUGCGCAUGGCUCUGGCACGUGAACGGCCAAGCGCGGCGCCAACGGGUACGAUGCCGAUCGAGUCGGACGCGGACACAGCAAUCGCACUUCGUGCGCGUCGUGCCGACGGGCAGGGGAGUGGGAGCGGCCGUCGGAGACGUCCCGACCGCCUGCAGAUCCCUCGCAACCUGAAUGUCACGGAUGUGCAGGCCGUCACCUCUUCGAACGAGCUCCUCCGCUCAAACACUGCGCCGUCGUUCGGCGACACGUUCCGCCAAAUGCGCAGCUCACCACUCGCCGCGUUCGGGCUCAAGAACCGUUCCCGGUCACGGCGCAGCCUCUCAGCCUGGCUCGGCGGAGGAUCCGAUUCGAGCCUUUCGGACGAUGAAGUCGACCUCGGCACUCCCGAGUGGCGCGCGGACGCCGCUGCGGCCGGGAAUGGCUUAAACGGCGACGACGUCUUUCUCGACUCGGGCGAGGUAAGCGCAGCCAUGCCCGACUCUGCAGCCGAUCCAUCGCAGGAUGGGAGCGCAUCGGAUCCAUAA